AUGGUCAGGGAGGGUAAUGAUUUUGCAGAUUUGGUGGCGAAAAGGGCAGCUGCCUCUUUUCCCUUAUGGCCAGAUUACAGUACUGUUUCUUGUGACCAGGUCUUAACUGCAGUGCAUAUAGCCCCUCAUACUGAUUACAUUGAUAUUCUUUCUAAGCAGGCUGCAUCAUCUUCGGAUGACUUAGCUUACUGGAAUAUACAUUCUGUUACACCUGAUGCAACUUCUGGUAUCUUCAAGGAUCCUAAAGGUCGCAUAGCAAUCCCUCAAGCUUCUUUUGUGUUACUCGUUCGACAGUUCCAUGGCUAUGGACAUGUCGGACGAAGAGGGGUAUUGGCUAUGCUAAAAGAACGAUUUGUAAUUAACAGGUUAGAUCAGACAGUUACCAAUAUUUUAUCCAGGUGCUUAACAUGUGCAAGAGUUAAUACUACCAAGCCGCAGUUUGGUAAACAUGACCACCAAUGUUAAAUUUACAAAUAGACUUCACGCAUAUGCCAACGGCAAAAGGUGGACUCAAGUAUUUACUUGUCAUAGUAGACACAUUCUCAAAAUGGGUGGAGGCCUAUGCAUGUGUACGCGAAAAUGCCCGCACGGUAAGCAAAAUAUUGUGUAAAGAAAUUAUACCACGUUUUGGCUGCCCAGUUAUGAUUAAUAGUGAUAUAGGAACUCCUUUCACUUCAGCAGUUACACAGCAGGUUUGUAAAAUGUUGAGUAUAGAUUGGAAAUUUCAUAUACCCUAUCACCCUCAGUCAUCAGGGCAAAUGGAAAGGAUGAAUAGAACGAUCAAGGAGAAAUUGACAAAAGGAGGCUCGGGUAGCACACGCAAUUGGCCAGACAAUUUGCCAGCAGUUUUAGCUGAGAUCAGAAUGACCCCUAGUUCCACUACGGGUUAUUCACCCUUUGAAAUUUUAAUGGGGAGACCUUUUCCAACUCCAUGGUGUAAGUCCAAAGGUGCUCCGAUGGUGAGCAGAGACCUAAAUGUUGUGUUAGAUGACUAUGUAUUGAACCUUGUAGACAAAUUGAAUGGCAUCUAUGGUGAUGUGUCUCCAUCUCUUCCUCAUCCUUCAGGUACAACCACACAUCCUUUCAGGCCUGGAGACCAAGUCUCGGUGAAGUCCCUCUUCAAAUCCGGAACCUUUGAUCCGCCAUACGGCCCUCCGACAACAGUUGUUGCCCUCACCCGAACAGCCGUUCUGACCGAGGAGAACCAGACAUGGAUUCAUGCAAGCAGAUUAAAAAGAUGUCCCACAUCAAGCACUCUGGAUAUUCCAAGCAAAGAACUCUGGAUAUUCCAAGCAAAGAACGUUCAACCUCAGACUCUGGUCCAGAAUGAACAAUAG